AUGGUUGUAAAGGUUUUUUCAUUCCAAUUAACAUGUAAACGCGCUGAGUGUUAUGAUUCAACCGUUUUCAAAAAAGUAAAAAUCGUUGAAAAUUUGCUUUAGACUUGAGUACAGUUUCGAAAAGCCUUCAAGAAAGGAGAAGAACUUUUUCUAAGUUACUUUAAUGGCUCCAUUACUUGGAAAUAUUCUUGCAUGGAAAAGACCUCGUUAAAUGGAUAACAAUUAGUGUAGAUCAAAGUAAUAAAGCCCCUCAAGAGGUCACUCAGAAGUUUGUUCUCAGGCUUCUUCCGCCGUAGCAUCCGAAAGCGACACAACUACGUAUGCCGGUUUGAGCGAUCUUGUGACGUCACGAAAAGUGAGUGGCUAAGUGGCUAAGCGCUUAGUUUCUUGUCUAUAAGGUCGCGGGAUCGAGUCUUCACCGAUCAAUUAUUUUUUUGUUGAUUACUGAAGGAUUAGAAAAAAAUUAAAAUUUUUCAGAUCGAAGAAACGCAUGCAGGUCCUGCAGACUGCAAAAAGUGCGUCAAGGCUGGCAUGAAAUCGAACGGUUAGUUUAUUUGGGAAUUUAUCGAAAUUUAUUUAUUUUUUUCCAUAUGGAUCUUAUUUUUUUCAGCGAUUCAAAACGAGAGAGACGCUAUCGGGAAAAGAAAAAAGGCGGAAAGUGAGCGGGAAGAACUGAUCGAUCAACUUGUGGCCGCUGAGAAACUCUGCCAGCAAUUAAGAAGUUCUGUCAUCAAGAGGACUCAAACGGUAACGAUACCGUAGUUUUAUAGGGUUGGAAUGGCUCUAAACCGCGUUUAGUUGCUUGAAAAUUCAUACAAUAAGAUGAAAAAUUCUCGCAAAAAAGUUGAAUUCUUUUCAUUCACCCGUACUGAUCUUUAUGCCGUGUUCAAUUUGAUUCCGCGAAAUGCAAAAUACCCGUUAGAGAAAGGAAAAGAUCACUAAAUUUUGGAGAGUCAGAGAUCAUUUUGCAUUUCGCGGAAAUUACUUUGAACACGGCAUUAGUUCAACGGUUUUUGUCGUACCUACAAAGUGCCACUAAAAAAAUCUAAAAAAAUUUAUAACUGCGGUACUCACCUUGAAACAUCGUUCAACCCUUGGCGGUUUUCUGCGCUUUCUGCUAUAGAGGGCUGCGACGCGUAAGUAGCUUUCUGUCGGGGGCGUUGAAACCUUGAGAGCCCGAGAAUUGAGUCAGGUUUUUCACUCAAAAGACUGGAAUCAACGGAAGACUCAAGGAUUUCAGGUCUCCUACGACUGCGGGAAGGUCAAGUUCAAGACGGAGGACGACCGUCGGGCGACCCUCGAUGACGUCGGCAAGUCGAUCCAUCAGCAGCUGGUCCUGCUCGUCGAGUGGGCCAAGUCCCUCCAGCAGUUCUCCCUCUUGUCUUUGACUGAUCAGGUUUGGAAUCUCGCAAAUUUCCGAGUAUUGUUCCUUCACCCCUGUUUUGAGAAAGUUAACGAAAAAGCAGCCGGAUAUGAGAGAUUUAGGCAUAUUUUUCAGUUAUUCUUAUCUUUAAACGGUAGGGAAUAGAGUGUACUCGAACCUCGAUAGCGCAAACCGGACGUUUCUGAGCAUUUCAAGUAACCACUUGAGAGUAUCGAAAGGAUCACUCAGAAUGUCCGGGGCGCGUCCGAUUAGCCUUACCGAGAGAGAAAGAGAGAGUACCGAGAGGGGUGAGACUGGCUAAUUAUGUUCAUAAAAACUGUUAAACCCGCUUUUCAGAUUUUUGUUCUUCAUUUUAGGAUCAUUUUCUUGAAAUGGAUUUUUGCUGGUAUGAAAAAAGAUCAGCGUAAAUUCGAACGGCGACUUUUCCGAUUUUUUCAUAUCGCUAGGGAACUUUCCGACGGCGAAGUUUCUGACCUUUUUUUCUACAAAUUCUCCGUUUUGAAUCUUCCUAUACAAAGUAGGUGUUGAUACAUGAUUAAAACACAAAGAAAUAGAAAAAAAAAUGCUAAUAUUUUAUAGAUAUAUUAUAAACCAAAAAAAUAAGCGAAAAAAGUCGAAAAGCGAUUUGUUGGAGAGUUCCUAAUGAUAUGAAAAAAUCGGAAAAGUCGCGUUUCGAAAAUUCGCGGGUUUUUUUUCCCAUACCACCGGAUUUUUAUAUUUGUAAAAAAAAAUAACGAGCGAUGUGAUGAGGGUAUGGGAAUGAAAAGUGAAGGUUAGAGGACUAGAAAGUUUUUGAAAAGGAUAAAUAGUAUUUUUUUGAAACUAACCUUUUUUAUUUUCAGGCUGCUCUUCUGAAAGGCACGGCUGCGUCAAUAAUCGUCCUCGGCGUGGCUUUUCGGUCAAUUUGCCUGAAAGACUCGAUUUGCCUGGCCAACGACACUUUGUUGCCCAAGGAACACGCCGUCAACAUCGGCGAUAUCAAGUAAUAAUAACUCCGAACUUCGAAAAAUAUCAGAAAAGUAGAACGAGGUGAUUUUUGAUAGAAAUUUCGGAGAAAUCCACCAUUUUGAGCUGUCGCUUGAAAAAAAAAAUGCAAAAGAUUUAAAAUCAUCUAUGGGAGCCGAACCUGUGACCUUUUACACCGCACUCAAAAGUCCUAAUCAUUUAAAUAUCAUUAGAAAAGGGACCCUUGAGCGGCCACUCGAGGUUAGUCAAAAACGGAUGACUCAACUUUUUUUCAUUAUUAACCCAAAAUUUUGCGUUCUUCAAAAGUCGCAAAUUCUUUCGAUGAGAGUUGAACCUGUGAUCUUUCGGACCGCAUUUAGAAGCACUACCCACUGGGCCAUCAUUCAAAUUUAAUGAAAGUUUUAUCAGCAACGUCGUGAGCCGAAUAAUCGACGAGUUGAUCUCGCCGAUGCGAAGAAUUCAUCUGGAUUUGAUCGAAUACGUGGCCCUCAAGGCGAUUUUGUUCUUCAAUCCCGGUUUGUCUGUUUCUAAUCUCAUGUUUCUGUUUUAGAAAAGGUUCAUCAGUCAGUAUUUGCAUUUGUUGAUGAGAGUCGAUUUGCGGUGGUUUCCAUUAGACUUUUCAAACAAAAAGUAUCAGAAGAAUUAUUUUGAAUCGGCUUUUGACCUUGAUUCGAGAAGAAUCUAAGAAAAGGAUCAAAAUAAAAUAAUGAAAACUAUUUUACAGUUACAAGAGACGUCGAGGACUCGGAUUCCGUGGAAAACGCAAGAUUGGCUUGUUUGAGGGCCUUGGAAAAGAGGUAGGCAAACUACUGGAGUUAUCAGUAGUUUACAAAAAUGCGAUCGCCUAUAAGGAAAGACCUGUUUUUUUUUUGGCUCCAUAGCUAGUUAAUUAAAAAAACAGGCGUUCUCACAUUUCAACUUUUUUCGGUUUUUCUGGCAAUUUUUUCGAAAAGUUUCUGUUUUCAUAUGAUCAUAAAUCUGAAAAAACGGCUUGAAAAUUUACAAAGAAGGAAUUUCGAAAUUCCAUUAUAAUUAAUUUAUCUUUCAUUCUUUAUCGCAUUUUUGUAAACAUGCUUUUUUUGAAUGGUUUCAAAAAAAUGUUUAACUUGAUAAAAAAAUGAAGAAAGAAAAUUCAGAAUUUAGACGCAACUUUUUAAAUUGUUUUUUCUUUCUACUGCUAAGGGAUCUUGAUUAUGAUAAAUUACCAAGGAAUGCCAGUUUCUGAGGAGAACCUUCAAAAGGCUUCUAAGGCCGCCUCUAUAGGGACCACUUCGUUUUUCCUAAGAAUUUUAUUUUAAUAAGGAUUCGUGAAGGUGAAAUAACAGGUGCGCACGGGUAGCGAGUACCACGGCGACAGAAGAAAAUGACUGCCGAUCUGGCCGACUUUUGCUCCUUUUACCGUCUCUACAGGCUGUCGCUCAGCAAUUGGUAAUUUUUGACUCAGUUUUCAGAUUCAGCUUGGUUUUAUGGUUUCAAUGGUGCAGAAUCUGUUAGAAUAGGUAAAGUGGGACUGAACUUAUGAAUUUUUGAGAUAAAUUUUCGAAUUUUUUCAUUUUUCUCAAUAAUAGUCGAUUUUUGAGGCUUUUCAUAAGAUUUAGCACAAAUUGGGAUUUCAGAUAUAUAUCAUUCAGUUGAAAAGGAUAGCCAGCUUAAAACUAAAAAGCUUUUUAAUUUUUCAAAUGAAGAAUCGGGAAAGAACUUUCAAAGUUGUGGCCCAGGAAGAAGCUGCAAAACUUCGAAUAUAAACGAUAAUGAGUUCAAAAGUGACCACUUAAGGUGGAAGACGUGCAGUUGGCGCGACUAUUCGGCCUGGCAAAUGUCGAUUCGUUGAUCAGUGAGCUUAUUCUUCACGAUGACAAACAAUCGGAUCCUCAGGUUCACUUUAUUUAUGAUCAAUACUUUAUUAAUUAUUAUAACAGUAAUAAAAAGCCCUUCGGUAUCUCGGAAACUGCGCUCUAUCGGAAUAAUCCUUGAAAAACAUUUAAUAACGCGAACCGGACGCGUUCCGGACGUUUCUAGUGACCACUUUAGCGGUCAGCACCUUUAAUUGAUCCCUAGAAUUGCUCAGGAACGCACGGUCCGCGUUACGAGGUCCGAGUACGACAUACGGAAUUCGUAGAUUUUAGAGGUCAUAGAAAAAAGAGAGAGACGUCUCUUUAUUUCUCAUAAUCUUUAACCUUCGUUUUUACUACUUUCCCCUGAUUCUUGAAUAAGUCGACCAAAAUUUGGAAUGUACAAAGAACAUGAUAGCUACAAAGUUAGCGAGGCGCAUACGCCAUAAAUGUCUAGGUGUCUCCGCUCUCACCACACUCUUUAGUUUCCUUUUCUUUGAUCGACUUUUUUUUUUAAAUGUCAUCAGAAUCCCGAUUUCAGAUUUUCCAAACACUUUCCACGGCGUGUGAGCCGGUUAAACAAGAAACUCUUUUGCCUCAAAUUUGA